UGGUUCAAAGCACUCUGUAUGGGUUGCCAGUUCCAGAACUUGAUCUAAGUGGCUUUAAGAAAUGCAGAGAUUGAAUAAUUGUUAUACAUCUUGAUUCAGGAUGUGGUGAAGGAGCAAAGAAAGGCCUUGGUCAACAAGGAGGAUUUAACAUUUGAGGUGAAGCUUGCUGUUGAAGAUGGCAGACCCAGAUGUGCUCACUGAGGUGCCUGCGGCAUUGAAGCGGCUAGCCAAGUAUGUCAUCCGGGGCUUUUAUGGCAUUGAGCACGUGUUGGCCUUGGACAUCUUGAUCCGGAACCCCUGUGUGAAAGAAGAGGACAUGCUGGAGCUGCUCAAGUUUGACAGGAAGCAACUUCGCUCUGUUUUGAAUAAUUUAAAGGGAGACAAAUUCAUCAAAUGCAGAAUGAGGGUAGAGACUGCUGCGGAUGGGAAGACCACACGCCAUAACUACUACUUCAUCAAUUACCGCACUCUUGUUAAUGUGGUAAAAUAUAAACUGGACCACAUGAGAAGGAGGAUUGAAACGGAUGAGAGAAAUUCCACCAAUCGGGCUUCCUUCAAAUGUCCUGUGUGCAGCAGUACUUUCACCGACCUGGAAGCUAAUCAGCUGUUUGACCCCAUGACAGGAACUUUCCGUUGUACCUUUUGCCAUACAGAGGUAGAAGAAGAUGAAUCAGCGAUGCCCAAAAAAGACGCUCGCACACUUUUGGCAAGAUUUAAUGAACAAAUUGAGCCCAUUUAUGCAUUGCUUCGACAGACAGAGGAUGUAAACUUGGCCUACGAAAUACUUGAACCAGAACCCACGGAAAUCCCAGCCCUGAAGCAGAGCAAGGACCGAGCAGCAACUGCUCCUGGAGCUGCUGGCCUGGCAGGCGGGCACCACCGGGAGGCAUGGGCCAGCAAAGGCCCCUCUUAUGAGGACUUAUAUACGCAGAAUGUUGUCAUUAAUAUGGACGACCAAGAUGAUGCUCACCGCACCUCGCUGGAUGGGAAAUCUGCCAAAGAGAGGCCCAUUUGGUUGAGAGAGAGCACUGUCCAAGGGGCGUAUAGUUCUGAAGAGAUGAAGGAAGGUGGCAUUGAUAUGGGUGCAUUUCAGGAGCGUGAUGAAGCACGUUCAGGGCCUGAUGACAAUGAGGAGGUCAUGCGAGCUCUGCUUAUUCACGAGAAAAAGACUUCUUCCACGACGGCUGCCUCAGUGGGAGCGGCUGCUCCCGUGACUGCUGCCAAUGGCAGUGACUCGGAGAGUGAGACCAGUGAGUCGGAUGAUGACUCUCCACCCCGGCCAGCAGCUGUGGCUUCUCAUCAUCAGGAGGAGGAUGAGGAAGAGGAGGAGUUUGAAGAAGUAACAGACGACCCCAUUGUUAUGGUGGCUGGCUGCCCAUUCUCCUACAGUGAAGUUAACCAGCGGCCAGAGCUGGUAGCCCAGAUGACACCAGAAGAGAAGGAAGCAUACAUAGCCAUGGGCCAGCGUAUGUUUGAGGAUCUCUUUGAGUGAGCUUUCCCUACUUUUUCUUCCUGUUAGCGCAUUUCAGAGAGAAGCUUCCCACCAAGUGCUUAAGUGGCGUCCUGCCUCUUUCUGUUCCGCACCUGUUCACCUAGUACAAAAGCGUCAUAGGAGAGAAGGUUUAAAUUUUUUAAUGUCAGAAACAUCCCAGAAAGGUAGGUAGGCUAUAGGUAACCCCUUACCUCUUAUUACUAAGGUAUUAUUAAUAUUUUCUGUAUUUCUUUAUCUAAUUUUUCCUUUCCUUUUUAAGACAAUUUUUCUUACCUCUGACUGAAAUGCUCCUGUCUACCUAUAAAGAGCCUCACUGGGGUACGCUUAUCCUAGUAUAACUGUGUUCUGGUCAGGCAUUUGAGACAAUUCCAUACAUUCCUGUCAACCAAAGCAACUUACCAAGAAACAUGUCAUUGGUUACGGGAAUGCCCAAACACUUUAUCCUUCCUCAGAAAUGAAUUUGAGGUCCUGGUUACGGGAAUGCCCAAACACUUCAUCCUUCCUCAGAAAUGAAUUUGAGGUCAAUCUGUUAGAGACAGAGACAGACAGACCUGAAUUUUAGGUUCCUGUGUAAACUAGAAUGCAGAUCUGUAGAAAUGAUGAGGCUGGUAGGUUGUUUCGUUUACUUAUACCUUUUAGCCUUUUAGGUUAUAUUUUAUGUGACAGAUAACAGAGCAGGUUAGGUACACACUCAGGAAGAAAUGAAGGAGAACACACACGAAGAGUGAGGCGUUCAUGUCCAGGCUUGAAAAACCCAGAGCGUUGGGAACUGUGUGUUAGAACUGACUCUGAGGUUUAGAAAUCUCUGAUGUAAAGCUGAGAUGGCCCCGCUCUCCCCCCCCCCCCUCGUCCUUGAGACCCUUUGCCAGUGCUCUUAAUUAAGGAGCGCCUUCCAGUGGAGGUCAGUAUUGACAACUUCACUCUCCUCUCAUUCUUCCUACAUGUCACCAAAGCCUUUAUUUGUCUCUUGGAGUCUCUUCAGACAUUGUGCUUUAGUGCCUCUACUGUGUUGUUGAGCACUGUAACCUCAAAGAACAUAGUCAGGUAGCAUGGUAUUCCUGAAGGCACAACUUUAAAAAUAAAGGACUUUCCUGUAAGUUAGUUCUACAACAAUUAAAAUUUUAUAGUAUUUUCCCUUGUGUUGUGACUUUUAAUUAUCAUUUUGUAGCACAUGUGUGAAGCUAAGCGUGUUUUUGAGUAUCUGAGCCUUGUGUAAAAUGAUGAUUCAUUUCUCUGGUUGUGGAUGACUGAAUAUUGACAGUCUACUUACUGCUGGUUAAAAUUGACUGAUUUCUAGCUCUGAUAACUUGGAGCAUGAGCCGAACACUCUUCCCAUUUAAAGAUGUUAGAGGCUUCUCACCGGUCAUCAUCUAAUAUCAUUAGGUGCAAUUAGAUGUGAUCUAAACUUUUUUUUUUUUGGCAGUGAAUUGCUUUAAAAUAACUUUUAUGUAUUUAUCUUAAAUACAAGAACUGUUCAACAUUAAAUUUUGUUUUUUAAACUUUCAUGGUUCUAAAAAGAUGUUCAUUUUUAAAACAUGACUAAUUUUAAACUCUGUUCUUUGUUGCAUUUUAUGAGUAAAUGUGUAUGAGUGUGCACCUCUGUUGUGGAAAAAUGUAUUAAUAAAGGUACUCAUGAAAGCAGUGUUUGACAUUG